AUGGUGGGCGUCGAAUCCCCAGCACAGUUACCACUAACCUUCAAUCUUGCUCAAGCUAGAUCAUCUGCAAGUAGCAUCAUUAUCAGUAGGCCAAUUAGUUGCUCCAAUCGCAACAAGAAUCUGAAUCACGAGUUUUACCGUUUCACGUUAAAGCCUCAUUAUGCAUCAAUUUUCACUUCGGUUCGGAGGCAAAAUCCUAAUCCCGCUCCAUUUACAGCUUUUGUUAGUAAUACGUCUUUCGACACCCCGCAACAACCUCCCGACUCUAAACCAAAUCUGGCGAGAUGGUGGCUAGCUACUGUUUUUGCUCUCACUUUAGGAACUACUGGAAUUAGUGUUACAAUCAUUUUUCUUGGUCGUGAAUUUUUUAAUGCCAUUGCAAACAAGGACCAAGAACAGUUCACUACACAGUUGUUGUUCUACCUAGCUGUUUUCGCUGGUGGAAUUCCUGUGAGCACAUUGCUCCGCUUUCUUAGGUAUUUGUUCUGA